GGCCAUGGUCAGUGUGAACGCGCCCCUCGGGGCACCAGUGGAGAGUCCCUAUGGUCCGCAGUGUCCAUGGAGACCGCCUCCCACCACCCCUGAAAUCUCAUUGUGACCAGUAUUAAGAGAUUAGCUCUGCCCGGCAGCCCUCGCAGGGUCCUGGGUGCCAGGGUGGCAGCGGGAGCUCCCUCAAGGAUGAAGUCCUUGCUCUCUGUGCGGGACCCCAUAGCACCAGGAAGAGGAUGUCAGACUGGGGCCGGGGCGUCCCCGGGGACCCACCAGACACAUCCCCAUCAGAAAGCGCCAACCUCAACGCGCCCAACAGCCUGGGUGUCAGCGCCCUGUGCGCCAUCUGUGGGGACCGGGCCACAGGGAAACACUACGGGGCCUCAAGCUGUGAUGGCUGCAAGGGCUUCUUCCGGAGGAGUGUGAGAAAGAACCACAUGUACUCCUGCAGAUUUAGCCGGCAGUGCGUGGUGGACAAAGACAAGAGGAACCAGUGCCGCUACUGCAGGCUCAAGAAGUGUUUCCGGGCUGGCAUGAAGAAGGAAGCCGUCCAGAAUGAGCGGGACCGGAUCAGCACUCGGAGGUCAAGCUAUGAGGACAGCAGCCUGCCCUCCAUCACUGCGCUCCUGCAGGCCGAAGUCUUGUCUCAGCAGAUCACUUCCCCUGUCUCCGGGAUCAACGGUGACAUCCGUGCCAAGAAGAUUGCCAGCAUCUCAGACGUGUGUGAGUCCAUGAAGGAGCAACUGCUGGUGCUCGUCGAGUGGGCCAAGUACAUCCCAGCUUUCUGCGAGCUCCCCCUGGACGACCAGGUGGCCCUGCUCAGAGCCCAUGCUGGCGAGCACCUGCUACUCGGAGCCACCAAGAGAUCUAUGGUGUUCAAGGACGUGCUGCUCCUAGGCAAUGACUAUAUCAUCCCCCGGCACUGCCCGGAGCUGGCGGAGAUGAGCCGCGUGUCCAUGCGCAUCCUGGACGAGCUGGUGCUGCCCUUCCAGGAGCUGCAGAUCGAUGACAAUGAGUACGCCUGCCUCAAAGCCAUCAUCUUCUUCGACCCAGAUGCCAAGGGGCUGAGCGAUCCAGGCAAGAUCAAGAGGCUUCGUUCCCAGGUACAGGUGAGCCUGGAGGACUACAUCAACGACCGCCAGUAUGACUCACGUGGCCGCUUUGGUGAGCUGCUGCUGCUGCUGCCCACGCUGCAGAGCAUCACCUGGCAGAUGAUUGAGCAGAUCCAGUUCAUCAAGCUUUUUGGCAUGGCCAAGAUCGACAACCUGCUGCAGGAGAUGCUUCUGGGAGGGUCCUCCAAUGAUGCACCCCAUGCCCACCACCCCCUCCACCCUCAUCUGAUGCAGGAACACAUGGGCACUAAUGUCAUUGUUGCCAACACGAUGCCUGCUCAUCUCAGCAAUGGCCAGAUGUGUGAGUGGCCCCGUCCCAGGGGGCAGGCAGCCACCCCUGAGACUCCACAGCCCUCACCGCCAGGUGGCUCAGGGUCUGAGCCCUACAAGCUCCUGCCAGGAGCCAUUGCCACAAUUGUCAAGCCCCCCUCUGCCAUCCCCCAGCCAACGAUUACCAAGCAAGAAGUCAUCUAGCAAGCCGCUGGGGGUCGGGGGCUCUGCUAGCUCCCCCCAGCCCCCUCAAAGAGCGCCUGAUGAUCACUUGAUCACAGCCAAAGAAGGCAUGACAACAAGGCCAGUCCCAGAGCAGUAAUGGAAAGGGCAAAGGGCCCGAGGACUUGGGCCGAGGUGUUCAUCCCAUUGCCACCCUUCACCCUCUGCUCUGGAUGAUGGGGCUUUGACUUGGGGAGACCAUGGCUGGAAAGUCCUUAGCUGCCUUGAACAGCUUCUCUCAUGCUGAAGCCACUGCCUUCACCUUCAUCCGUAUGCACCCCCAAUUUCUUCACCAUAAAAGGACAGCUGUCUGGAAACAAUAUGGAACCUUCCUUAAACAUAGCUCCUGUCUCCCUCAGCCUCUCUUAGUACUGGCCAUAGUGUCCAGACACAGAGCCCUUUGAGCCUGGGUCGGAUUGCGGCACCUUUCAUCUCCCAGUUCUGCCACCCCAACCUCAAAUGUUCCUCCCGUCCACUGUCACCAUCCU